UGUCUCUUCGUGAAGAGAAUAAUUGCAUUAGAAUAAUUGCAUUCGCAUUAAUUUCACUAUUUUCGAGCAAUAGCGAUAUCGUUUAUUCUUCGCCGGAUGUUUCCAUCGAAUGUUUUGAAAAACGUCGCAUACGCAAGUACCUUUGUUGAUGCAUAUGGUGCCUAUAAAACGGCUUCGUUCAUCAGAAUGGCCUGUUACAGUUUUACUUACAUACCAAAAGUGACUUCGACGAAUAAUCGAAAAAUGGAGAUGAAAUUUCUUGUGAUUGUAUUUAUUAGCGUCGCGAUUGAAGCGCAAUGUCGCUCAGUCAUGUUCUCGAACACAGGAGACAUAAGCAAAGAAGCUCCUAUAAAUAUGCCAGAGCAACUGAAAGAGCUAAUUAUAUCAUAUGAGAAAAAUUUUGCGAAGCUCGUUAAUUUUGCCAUAAAAAUAAGCAGAAAUAAGAAUAAUAAUAAACAAGAGAUACAAUUUUUGAAUCAACUAGGCUUGCUUAUCGAUCAACUUACUCGAGAACAAUCAAAAGUGAGAAGUAUGUAUAUUAAACUUGACAACGGUACAAAUUCCACCUUGCAGACACCGAAUAUCAAAUCGACAAUGACAAGUGUGAAUAAUGUAAAAGAUUUAAUCGAUUAUAUGAAGGAGAUUGAUAUCGUUUAUCAAGAUGGAGAUAUUACUGAUGAACAUAUCCGAAUUAAGCGUGCUACUGAAGGAUACAAAGAAACUGAGUCUUUUGAAAUGCUAGAGGAACGAAUGACUAAUAUGUUAAUUGAUAUCCGUCAUCAACUGACGCAAAUUCAGAAAUGCUUAGAAAAGCUAUGCAAGAAACAUCAUUUGACAGACACCUCAGAGGAAAUAUCUGACGAUAAUAUUUUCCCCAAGAGUCAACCAAAUAAAGUAUCGAUUAUAUAGAAUAAAUACACUAAAGAAAAAAAUGCAUAUUAUCAUAUUAAAAUUCUAUACUGACUGACA